AUGGCUCCGCCGAGCCCAGUUUCAAGUUUGGGUGGUCCGAUUCCCGGACCGAAGCAUGGCGAUCCCGCAAUUAUCGACGAGGCUCAGUUGGAUAAAGCCUUGCAUGCCGGCCUGUACGAAGACACACCCGUGGAAGAACUAUGUCGCCAUUUGGGGCAAUUACUCAAACCCACGAUAUCAAAAGGGGCGGCGCUUGAUCAGCUGUACAUGUGCUGUCAAUUUUCGACCGAAGCCCCUAAAGAGUAUGUGACGGAACUGCGAAGUCUCUGCAAAGUAGCCUAUCCCUCAGACUCUGAGGCGGACUGCAACGACACAGCUCUGCAUUUCUUCGUAAAGAUUUGGGAACCUGCGGAGCUGCGUCGACCCCUGCUCCUCCAACCAACUCGGGAUUUACAAGAGGUGAUGAGCUGA